CGGGCGAAGGCCGCGAUGGAUCCCAACAGGAUCAUCCAGGCGCUGAAGGGCACCAUAGACCCCAAGCUGCGCGUCGCCGCCGAGAACGAGCUCAACCAGUCCUAUAAGAUCAUCAACUUUGCUCCAAGUCUGCUGCAAAUCAUAGUAUCUGACCAAGUGGAAUUUCCAGUGCGUCAAGCAGCUGCCAUUUACCUGAAGAACAUGGUGACACAGUACUGGCCGGACCGUGAGCCACCUCCUGGAGAAGCGGUUUUUCCAUUUAAUAUUCAUGAAAAUGAUCGGCAGCAGAUUCGGGAUAACAUUGUAGAAGGAAUCAUUCGUUCUCCUGACUUAGUGAGAGCCCAGCUGACAAUGUGCCUCCGAGCUAUCAUUAAACAUGAUUUCCCUGGCCAUUGGACAGCAGUGGUAGACAAGAUAGGAUACUACCUGCAGUCUCCAAACAGUGGGAGCUGGCUUGGGAGCCUCCUGUGCCUCUAUCAGCUGGUGAAGACUUAUGAGUACAAAAAGGCAGAGGAGCGAGAUCCUCUCAUAGCAGCCAUGCAAAUAUUUUUGCCUCGGAUUCAGCAGCAGAUGAUCCAACUUCUGCCUGAUAACUCCCAUUAUUCUGUACUGCUUCAGAAACAAAUCUUAAAAAUCUUCUAUGCUCUUGUUCAGUAUGCAUUGCCCCUCCAGUUGGUGAAUAACCAGACUAUGACUCAGUGGAUGGAGAUCUUCCGGACCAUCAUUGAUAGAAAUGUGCCACUGGAGACUUUGCAAAUUGAUGAAGAUGAUAGACCAGAACUAGUGUGGUGGAAAUGCAAGAAGUGGGCAUUGCAUAUUGUAGCUCGUCUCUUUGAACGAUAUGGAAGUCCUGGAAAUGUAACUAAAGAAUACUUUGAAUUCUCAGACUUCUUUUUAAAAACUUAUGCUGUGGGCAUACAGCAGGUUCUCUUAAGAAUCUUAGACCAGUACAGGCAAAAAGACUAUGUUGCACCACGUGUUCUUCAGCAGACAUUGAAUUAUCUGAACCAAGGGGUGAUUCACUCUGUAACAUGGAAGCAGAUGAAGCCACACAUACAGACUAUAACAGAAGAGGUGAUAUUCUCUCUAAUGUGCUACAAAGAUGAGGAUGAGGAGCUCUGGCAAGAGGAUCCAUAUGAAUAUAUCCGCAUGAAAUUUGAUGUAUUUGAGGACUAUGCAUCCACAACAACAGCAGCACAGAAUCUCCUUUACACUGCUGCAAAGAAGAGAAAAGAGGUAUUACCAAAAAUGAUGGCAUAUUGCUACCAGAUUUUGACAGAGCCAAACAUUGACCCAAGGAAAAAAGAUGGAGCUUUGCAUGUUAUAGGAUCCCUAGCAGAUAUUUUACUGAAGAAGAGUGUCUUCAAGGAUCAGAUGGAGCUGAUGUUACAGAAUCAUGUGUUUCCCUUGUUCAUGUCUAACCUGGGAUACCUCAGAGCUCGAUCCUGUUGGGUACUUCAUUCAUUCAGUGCUUUGAAAUUUCACAAUGAGCUAAACUUGAGGAAUGCAGUAGAGCUGGCAAAGAAGAGCCUGAUUGAUGAUAAGGAGAUGCCUGUCAAAGUAGAAGCAGCCAUAGCCCUUCAGACCUUAAUAAGCAACCAAGAGCAAGCCAAGGAAUAUGUGAAGCCUUAUGUAAGGCCAGUGAUGCAGGAGCUCCUGUACAUUGUCAGAGAGACAGAAAACGAUGAUCUCACAAAUGUAAUCCAGAAGAUGAUCUAUGAGUACAGCCAGGAGGUCGCUACUAUCGCUGUGGACAUGACUCAACACCUGGCUGAAAUAUUUGGUAAAGUACUUCAGAGUGAGGAAUAUGAGGAGGUAGAGGACAAAACAGUUAUGGCCAUGGGCAUCUUGCACACAAUUGACACAAUCCUGACAGUUGUGGAAGAUCACAAGGAGAUCACUCAACAGCUGGAGAGCAUUUGUUUACAGAUCAUUGGCCUUGUUUUGCAGAAACACGUUAUAGAGUUUUAUGAAGAAAUUCUGUCCUUGGCCUUCAGCUUAACAUGCCAGAUGAUUUCACCUCAGAUGUGGCAGCUUUUGGGUGUUCUGUAUGAGGUCUUCCAGCAGGAUUGCUUUGAAUACUUUGCAGAUAUGAUGCCUCUCUUGCAUAAUUAUGUGACCAUUGACACUGAUACUUUACUGUCUAACCCAAAGCAUUUAGAAAUCAUUUACUCUAUGUGUAAAAAGGUACUGACAGGAGAUGCAGGAGAAGAUGCAGAGUGCCAUGCAGCCAAACUCCUAGAAGUGAUUGUUCUUCAGUGCAAAGGACGGGGUAUUGACCAGUGUAUUCCCCUCUUUGUGGAGGCUGUUCUGGAGCGCUUGACUCGAGGAGUUAAAACAAGUGAGCUUCGUACCAUGUGUCUUCAGGUUGCCAUAGCUGCACUCUACUACAAUCCUGACCUACUUUUGCACACCUUGGAGAACAUCAGAUUUCCACACAAUCCUGAGCCCAUCACUGCACAGUUCAUAAACCAGUGGAUGAAUGACACGGACUGUUUUUUUGGACUCCAUGACAGAAAGAUGUGUAUAAUAGGACUGAGCAUCCUAAUGGAAUUGCAGAACCGACCACCUGCAGUGGAUGCUGUGGCUGCCCAGAUUGUUCCUUCCAUCCUCCUUCUCUUCUUGGGCUUAAAACAAGUUUGCGCCUCACGAGAGCUCACAGAACAUGAGGAUCAUGCUAAAGAUGAAAAACACUUUGCAGAAGAUAAUGAAGAGAUACCAAGCGAUGAGGAUGAGACAAAUGAAGUGAGCCAGGCAAUGCAAGAGAACCACAGUGGAGGAGGAGGAGGUGGCAGUGCUGGAGGUGGAGAGGAAGAGGGUGAUGAUGAUGAUGAUGAUGACGAUGACUGGGAUGAAGAUGCAUUGGAAGAGACUGCUCUUGAAGGGUUCAGCACACCUCUUGACCUUGAAAAUGGUGUCGAUGAAUACCAGUUUUUUACACAAGCACUUCUAACGGUGCAGAGCCGGGAUGCAGCCUGGUACCAUUCCCUGACCUCGCCGUUGAGUGAGGAUCAGAAGAAACAGCUGCAGGAGAUUUACACAUUAGCAGAGCACCGGAGAACUGCCGCAGAGACUAAGACAAUAGAACAACAAGGUGGCUACACAUUUGACAACAAAGGACUGAUCACAGCAUUUAAUUUUGCUGGAAAUACUCCCAGUGGCAACUGAAGGAUCGGCUACAAAGGUCAAUGGGAAGGGUUUCAUCAUUACAUUUUCUUGAAACCAUCGUGACUUCUGAGUGAUGGGGAGGGUAAUUUAAUGCUGCUGAAGGUUUUCUGGAAAAUAGUGGUGUGCUUCCCCCACCAGAAUGUUCUUUCUAACCAGCUACUGUAAUGUACAAAUUCUUGUGGUGUUUUUAUAAUUUGAUGGACUGAAAGGAAUCGUUUGUCCUCAAGGAACCUGGAUGACCGGGAGGGGCCAGGCUGCAUCUAAUUGAGUUGCACUUCUCAGGUUUUUGCUGUGCAGAAUUGAUAGAUUCAUAUGGAUAACAGUGCCUUCUGUUGUAUAUGGAUUGCCUGAACAAAUGGAUUUUGGAGUGCAUUAUAAUUUUUUAAGGAUAUUUCUUGAUACACUGUAAGCCUUGGUUCCAUGUUUUCCAAUCACCUGCUGUUCACAGUUCGGUUUUGUUGUUGGUUGCAUACAAAUUGCUGGGUUCAGAAUACUAGCACAUCUUCCCUAUUUGGUGCAGACCAAAUGUGUAGAGGGAGGUGUCUGUUGGAAUUGCAAUGCAUACACUGGUUAUGUCAAAGGGUCUUAAUAACGUGGCAGGUUUUCCCUUGAUGCAGUAGUCUUAAAUUGUUUCUCUUAGCCAUGAAUUCAACUCACCUGAGUUACAAUAGCUUGCCUGGCAGGUGGCUACCCUAAACCUACAUUAAUAUUAGCUCCUGCCUGGACAAGUGGUGUGGCCCUCUCAUGUAGAUGUUCUACAUGACAACUUAUUUCUGCUGUUAUUGAUGGAUAUUGGAUUGUACAUGGGAUAAUUUCUUUGGGUUUCAUUCAUUCAUUACCAUUCCAGUGGUAGUACUGAAUAAUGUGGUACAAAAUAU